AAUGCUAGGAAGCCAGCUGCGCGCAGACAUGGAUGAGUUUGCGUCCGGACGGCCCCUGGACCUAGCUUUGCGCAAAGAAUUGCUGUCUUACGCCACUGCGCUCCUCGUCCUCAAGACUCUUGAAUCGCGCCACCAUCUUAUUCAACAAGCCAUCAGCAGGGGGCGGGCGCUGUCAGUGGCCUCUGUGUCAGCCGACCUCCGAAGAAAACACAACCGUGACCUUCACCGAGAUGAUUUCCAGGCUGAUUUGCCGAGCCUUUUGGAAUCGCUGGGCACCCUCACAUGCAUGCCAUGGCGCACACGCACUGAGUUGGUCAAUGCAAUUGUAGGGCAAACCUACCGAGGGCUUCACGAUGACUUGUCAGCGCAGGCUGACUACUAUAAACGGUUCCGUGAAUUCUUGAAGCAUCAAGCUUCCACAAGACAACGCUCUCCAGAUUUUCUCCUGCAGUCUGCGCACUUGGAAUCUUUGCUGGUUGAGUCCAAUUAUUACGGCAUGCCAGUUGAUCGGUCGGCCAUAGGCAGGGGAACUCAGGUGUUCCAAGUCCUAGCGCUCCACCCAGGGAGGCGGCAGUAUGUGCAGCGAGCAGCGCAUGUGUCUUCUGAUGUCUGGCAAGAUUGCGUGGCAAUUCGGAUGCUUGGGUGUCUUGACACGCUACACCCAGCGUUGAAUAUGAAGUGGAUCCAGAUAUUGCCACUGUCGAACCCUUCCACGUGGACGAUUUUUUCACUGGCGACCGGCUGCGCCAUUUGGUGUGCUUCACGAAGGUCGAGUCGCGGCCAACAUUUUCGCACCAGAGUUUGCAGGAUGUUUUUCAAGCCUCUGAGCUGAGUGAAGAUGGGUCAGGGAUGUGCCAGCUGGAUGUUGCCAUGAUGGACUGUGU